AUGACGAGAUUGUUGUCUUUAGUCCCUGGUACCACCUCUGCAACCAUCAUAAGCAACUAUACUGAUACCGUUAGCCAGAAGGUUAACUUCUGUGUGUGUAUCCGUCCUGACGCCUUAUCCUCUAUUGCUAUCCAAGCCAUCCGCAAUCAGGAUGUGCUGGCAAGCGUCUCCAUAAACCACACCAACUUCCCCCCACUCCAGGCCCAGCCAAUCGCCCUCUCCAUCAAGACUAAGAUCCAUGGCAAAGGACUGAACAAUACCAAGGCCCAGCUGGUAACAUGGCAUGCCGCCCAGUGGCGUCUUUUGGACCGUCUGGUCAGCCGGGCGGAACCCAAGAUGCAGCUGCCAGAGUUUCUGCCGGGGAUUAUUAUCUAG